CAACCCGGGCCCAAAUUUGAUAAACCAGUUUUACUCUCUUUCUCUCUGACAUAAACCUCUCGCUAAGCCACUGCUGCUGCAGUUUUCCAGGUGAGAGGAAACAAUCAAUCAAAGAAAUGGAAGACAUUGAAGAUUUGCUGGUUGGUAAUGGAAGUGGGUCUCCUCCUGGAUUCAGGUUGCCACUGAACGCAGUUGGAGUAAACCUCAAGAAGAACAAGAAUAAGCCGAAACUGCAUGCCAAGCAACUUUCUGAAACCCCUAUCUCUUCCAAGAUUCCUGGCACUCAGACAAUAUAUAUCAAGACUUUUGGAUGCUCCCAUAACCAGAGUGAUAGUGAAUAUAUGGCCGGACAACUUUCAUCAUUUGGUUAUUCAUUAAGUGAUAGUCCUGAGGAGGCAGACCUGUGGCUGAUCAAUACAUGCACUGUAAAAUCACCAAGUCAAUCUGCCAUGGACACUCUAAUAUCAAAGGGUAAAAGUGCAAAAAAACCACUUGUGGUGGCUGGGUGUGUGCCUCAAGGAAGUCGGAACGUGAAAGAAUUAGAAGGAGUCAGUAUAGUUGGAGUCCAGCAAAUAGAUCGUGUAGUUGAAGUUGUAGAGGAGACUUUAAAAGGUCAUGAAGUGCGGCUUUUGAACCGCAAGACAUUGCCAGCACUUGACCUCCCCAAGGUGCGAAAGAACAAAUUUGUUGAGAUUCUUCCCAUUAAUGUUGGGUGUUUGGGGGCCUGUACUUAUUGCAAGACAAAGCAUGCCCGUGGGCAUUUAGGGAGCUACACUGUCGAUAGCCUUGCAGGGCGUGUAAAAACAGUUAUAGAUGAUGGAGUAAAGGAAAUAUGGUUGAGUAGUGAAGAUACAGGAGCUUAUGGUCGUGACAUUGGGGUUAAUCUUCCAAUUUUAUUGAAUGCUAUUGUUGCUGAACUUCCUUCUGAUGGAAGCACAAUGCUUCGAAUUGGGAUGACAAAUCCACCUUUUAUUCUGGAGCACCUGAAAGAGAUAGCAGAAGUUCUGCGCCAUCCAUGUGUAUACUCCUUUCUUCACGUGCCAGUGCAGUCUGGUAGUGAUGCCAUUUUGACUGCAAUGAAUCGAGAAUACACUGUGAAUGAAUUCAGGACUGUGGUUGAUACCUUGACUGAGCUAGUUCCAGGGAUGCAGAUUGCUACCGAUAUAAUAUGUGGAUUCCCUGGUGAAACAGAUAAAGAUUUUUCUCAAACAGUCAACCUUAUUAAAGCGUACAAGUUUGCUCAAGUUCAUAUCUCGCAGUUCUAUCCUAGACCAGGGACACCUGCUGCAAGGAUGAAGAAGGUUCCAAGUAACAUAGUGAAGCAAAGAAGCCGUGAAUUGACUUCUGUGUUUGAAGCUUUCACUCCUUACAAUGGAAUGGAGGGCAGAGUGGAAAGAAUAUGGAUAACAGAUAUCGCCGCUGAUGGAAUUCACUUGGUUGGCCACACAAAAGCAUACGUGCAGGUGCUCAUAGUUGCUCAAGAAAGCAUGCUGGGUACUUCAGCUAUUGUUAAGAUAACCUCCGUUGGAAGGUGGUCAGUUUUUGGAGAAGUGAUUGAGACUCUCAACCAAAUAAAUCAGAAAUCCAAGUCCGUCGAGAAAAUGCUCAGCGAGGAAAAAUGUUCUCCCUGUUCCGACCCAUGUGACAGCUGUGCAUGUUCCGGAGAGUCAGAACCUUGUGCUUGUGGACCAGAGAGCUGUGGAGGACAGAGUACUAUAGAACAAAGUGAUGUUUUGCAGAAUGAAGUGCUUCGAGAAGAUCAAAAUAGAAGAAAUCUCAUUGGAUGGUUACUAAGAAAGCGGAAAAAUCAGGCACAGAAAAUGGUGGAGAAUGGUAUUGCGUCGGGAUCCCAGAAAAAGCAAGAAUGGGCCAAAGGAGCUCCGGAGGAGUGGGGUGUUGUGGAUAGGGCACUCCUAGGAGGAUUAAUUGUCAGCGUUUUUACUACUGUAGCUAUACUAAUACAUCUUGGAUUUAAGACCAUGUCAUCCAAGUGAGCUUCAUGUGUUGCGUUUUACUUAUCCAAUUCUUUGUGGGAGGAUUUUCAUGAAAGAUUUGACGAAUAUGGGAAAUUUUUGUUUUGUAAAAGGCCAGAGUUAUGUUACAAUGUUGUUGAGGAAUAGCUACAUAUUGCAAAUCCCUUGGGAAUUGUGUAAGGCACUCCUUUCUUUUGCAAUGAUUAAUAUGUAAGCACUUCAGUUUUUUCAUACAAA